AUGGUUUCUUACGUCAAAGCUCCACUUUACAAAUCUGUCAAGAACAUUGCUGGUGUUAACACCCAAGCUUUGUUCGCUUACAUUCCUAACUUGGUUAUCUGGGGAGGUGCUGCCGGUGCCGGUGUCGCUACCUUCACCACUGGUAUCCCAAUUUUCAAGGACACCUUCUACUCUAAGAUCCCAUACUUUGGUUCUUACUUCGUCUACAACCCAGAUCCAGAAGACAUUCCAAUCUAA